AUGGAAUGAGUUAAGGAUUUGGAACCGAAGAGCAUUCUUUUUCUUCCCUUACCUUUAACUGUGGGCAGGCUUGGCUUGGCUUGGUUGAACUCACGUUCAUCUUCUUCUUUUUCUCUUUUCACUUUCCCUUUAACAUAUAUUCCCAACGUUGAAAAAAAAGAGAUCCAUAGCUAAGAUUAAAUUAAAAUUAAAAAAGAAGAAGAAGAAAGGAAGUGUUGAGUUUCCGCUAAGAAUUAGGAUGGCAUGAGACGUGAGUCACGUGCGAUCAUGUGCGGGUGUAGGUUUCUUGAGGUAUUUUACAAUUAAUUAAUUAAUAAUUUGAGAGGAAAAGGAAAUGAAUGAAUCCACAGGAAAGGAAACACUUGCAAUUGUGCAUGCUUAUGCUUCCUUCCCAAAUAACCUUCAAUUCUCUCUCUAUCAUUUAUUGAAUUAAAUUUUGUGGGUCUUAUUUAUUUCACUGUGAGUGGAGGAAUAGCAUUUGUUUGAGGUGGCUGUGAGGAUUGCGAAUUCGAAAUUGCAAGUGAGAAGAGAGAAGAGAGGGAAAUUGAAUGUGGAUUUGGUGGUGAAUCCGUGAAAGAUGCGGCGACGGGCUGCCGAGUAUCGGCGCCCGGUUCGACGGAGGUUUUCAUAUUGGAUCUGGCUUCUCCUCGCCUUCUCCUCUAUCCUCGGAUUGAUUCUCUUCGUUGUUCAACACAAUCACCACCACCAAGAUCCGCUUCAGUAUCCUUCGCUGGAGAGAAGUGCAAGAGUUGAACAUUUUGCUAAGGAGAGAUUGAAUUUUACUGAAGAGAUUUUAAGUGUAGCAUCAUUUUCUCGGCAGUUAGCACAACAAAUGACUCUAGCCAAGGCUUAUGUGGUUAUUGCUAAAGAACACAAUAAUCUUCACCUUGCCUGGCAGCUUAGCUCAAAGAUCAGAAGUUGCCAGCUUUUGCUUUCAAAAGCUGCCAUGACUGGUGAGCCAGUCACACUGGAGGAGGCAGAGCCAAUUAUUAAAAGCCUUUCAUUUCUAAUUUUCAAGGCACAAGAUAUCCAUUAUGACAUUGCAACCACAAUAGUGACUAUGAAAUCACAUAUUCAAGCUCUUGAAGAGCGUGCCAAUGCAGCAACAGUUCAAAGCACUGUGUUUGGUCAAAUAGCAGCCGAAGCAGUACCUAAGAGUCUUCAUUGCCUAAAUGUGAAACUCAUGUCUGAUUGGCUAAAGAUGCCAUCCCUGCAAGAACUCUCAGAUGAGAUGAAAAACUCCCCGCGGCUCAUGGACAACAACCUAUAUCAUUUCUGCAUAUUUUCAGAUAAUGUAUUGGCAACAUCUGUGGUUGUAAACUCAACUGUCUCCAAUGCUGACCAUCCGAAGCAGUUGGUCUUUCACAUUGUCACUAAUGGAGUCAAUUAUGGGGCAAUGCAAGCAUGGUUACUUAGUAAUGACUUUAAUGGAGCAACCAUAGAGGUACAGAAUAUUGAGGAGUUUCAUUGGUUGAAUGCAUCUUAUUCUCCAAUUGUUAAGCAGCUCCUCAAUCCUGAUUCACGGACCUUCUAUUUUGGAGCAUAUCAAGAUUUAAAUGUUGAGCCCAAAAUGCGGAACCCCAAGUAUUUGUCUUUAUUGAAUCAUCUUCGGUUUUACAUCCCUGAGAUUUAUCCACAACUUGAGAAGGUUGUCUUCCUGGAUGAUGAUCUUGUUGUCCAGAAAGAUCUGACCCCUCUUUUCUCUCUGGAUUUGCAUGGGAAUGUGAAUGGUGCUGUUGAAACAUGUCUUGAAGCAUUUCAUCGGUACUACAAGUAUCUCAACUUCUCAAACUCAAUUAUUAGCUCAAGGUUUGAUCCACAGGCAUGUGCAUGGGCAUUUGGUAUGAACAUUUUUGACUUGGUUGCCUGGAGGAAGGCAAAUGUUACUGCAAGAUAUCAUUACUGGCAAGAGCAGAAUGCUGAUGGGACACUCUGGAAGAUGGGGACACUUCCACCUGCUCUUUUAUGUUUUUAUGGUUUGACAGAGCCACUUGACAGAAGAUGGCACGUUUUAGGAUUGGGUUAUGACCUAAAUAUUGACAACCGCCUCAUUGAAAGUGCGGCAGUUAUUCACUACAAUGGAAACAUGAAGCCGUGGUUGAAGUUAGCUAUAAGCAGGUAUAAGCCUUUAUGGGACAAGUACAUAAAUCAAAGUCACCCUCAUCUCCAAGAUUGUGUCACAAGUUGAAAUGCGCUACUUCUUGAUUGCUGAUGGAUUAUGCAAUCUCAGAUUAUUUUAAACUCUUGAUCUGUGGUUGCCUAAAUGUGGAGUCAGAAGUAGAAAAUUUUGACUUUGCUAGGAAUUUUGUUUUUUUUUUUUUUUUUCAUUCUCUUUUCCCCAAUUUUUCUUUUCGAGUCAGUCUUGAAACAGAACAGAAUGAAUUCUUAUACAUUACAAAGUUAAUAUGCGCUAGGUGAAGAGAUGUGGGAGAAUCCAUUUUUGGCCGGUGGGGCUAUCUUUUCCCCUUCUGCAAGUAAUAGAAUGAUUGUUCUUUAGUAAUUCUUGUAAUAAUUUAUCAGCUCAUAGCAAUGUAAUCGAAUGAAAACAUUUUUUUCCUUUUCCCUCGUGUUAUGCGUUGAAGGAAUCUUAUAGCAACUCCCUGUUGCCAUCUUUGUUUGC